AUGGCUGGAUUUUGCGACUACAGACACCAUAUAAUACACGAAUUAGUAGUUGGAGAAGGUCUCGUUUUGCGACACAAAAGGAAGCUAACUGCGUCUGUGGUUGCAUACUAUGUGACGAAGAAUCGUCGGUGUACAUUUACUGAGGCGGAUGCGUAUGUGAGGGGCAAGAGACCGGUGAUCGUCAUUAAACCCCAUCUCCGCAAAGAUAUACUGGCCUUUGCAGAGCAAGGUUUUCAGCCCAGAGUGGACGAGAUAACCGAUGUUUUGGACUGA